AACUUUGUUCGGUGUUUUACUUAUAAGAUGUUGUCCGUUUAAGUAUGGAACCCAGUGUUUCUGUGGAAACAUUUUUAAAGAUUAUAGAAUAGGAACUGGAUGUUCAGCUACGUGUCCAGGUAAUCCAAACGAGAAGUGUGGCGGCACAUGGCAUUUAUCUUUAUAUGAGACAGGGCUUUACAGACCACCUGGAUAUAUUGGAUGUUAUACUGACAAACCUGAACGAAUUCUGUCAGAAACGAUGUAUAUCAGUAAUCUAAACACUGGAGAUGCCUGCAUACAACAGUGUAAGAACGCCGACUACAGAUAUGCUGGAACAGAGUUCGAUCAUUGUUUUUGUGGACACACGUAUAAAAAUUACCCGCAGGAAACUGGGUGUACAGCACCGUGUUUUGGCAAUAGUAAUGAAAAAUGUGGAAAUCACUGGCGUAUCUCUUUAUAUGAUACGUGGGAUGAGAAAUAUUGCGACAAAGAAGGAUUUUGUCCUGCGAACUGGGUUUGCGAGAAUGAAAAUGAUGGCUUUUUCUGCAGGAAACCAUAAAGAACUGUUGACGAGAGUAUUCGAAAUAUAUAUAUAUAUGUGCAAAUUCAUGUAUAUUGUGAGGCACAUGAUUUAUCAUAAUUUUAAUUCUUCAAUAAUAAAACUGAA